AUUUUAAUUUCAUCCCUUGAAUAAUCCUUAGAUGAAUUACUUUGGUACUUUUAUUGAAUAUCAUCUAUUUCGAAUCGUAUAAUACAUAUAUAAUUGUGUAUGUGGUUCAAAUUGAAUUUCUGCAAGUUCAGCAAGGACGGAAAUGUGUUAUCAUCAUGGUGGGUUUUGAAAGAGAAUCUGCUGUGCAAAAAUUUCAUAAGUUGGAUUAUAUCAUUGCCGGAGCAGUUAGCGGUUUUGUGACACGUACUUUAUUUCAGCCUUUAGAUGUCAUUAAAAUAAGAUUUCAGCUUCAAAUUGAACCAAUAGGUAGCCACUGCAAACGUUCCAAAUACAAGGGCAUGCUUCAUGCAUUUCACUGCAUACUGAAGGAAGAGGGAGCACAGGCUCUCUGGAAAGGGAUAGUCCCUGCUCAGCUCUUAUCCACCUCAUAUGGUGCCCUGCAAUUCUUUGCAUUUGAAGUCUUAACACAACAAGCAUCAGAUCAUCUACCAAACAGAAUUCUCACUGAUGUAAAACCUAUAGUAAAUUUUACUUGUGGAGCACUUGCUGGAUGUAUUGCAACAACUGGCAGCUUACCAUUUGAUGUCAUGCGAACAAGAUUAGUUGCACAAGGAGAACCUAAAACUUACAAGAAUAUGUUCCAUGCUGCUACAGUCAUGAUUCGUACAGAAGGUCUUCUCAGUUUUUACAAAGGCCUGUCUCCAACAUUGAUCCAGAUAAUGCCAAAUGCUGGAGCACAGUUCGCAUUUUAUAAAUUUUUUCAAGGGUUGUGGGAUUUUGUUUUCCAGAAAGGCUCAUCUCAGACAACUGCUGUUCAGAGCAGUUGCUGUGGUGCAGCGUCUGGUAUAGCUGCAAAAGUACUUGUUUACCCUCUGGAUUUAAUAAAGAAGAGGUUUCAAGUACAGGGAUUUGAAGAAGCUAGGAAAGCAUUUGGAGCUGUUCGUCGAUAUACUGGUGUGUUACAUUGUGCCUCUUGUAUUCUCAGAGAAGAAGGAUUUAUUGGCUUAUACAAAGGCCUGUGGCCUAGUGUAUUAAAAGCUGCAUGCACUACAGGAAGUCACUUUUUGUAUUAUGAAGAAACAUUGAAAAUUCUGGCUCUUUUUCACAGACGCACCAUUUAGAGUGAAGUCUAUUUAUGUGCAAAGAGUUUGAGUAGUUCUUGCAUUGUUGCAAAUAAGAUGUUUAAAUGCAGUUAAGGACUUUUAUUUGCUGGAAUGAUUGGCAUAAGUUUGGAUGAAUAGGAUUGCCAGAUAAUCUCAAAGCCCGAGAUCAUACCUGUUUAAAUUGUUUAUAUACUGUAUCCUUAACCUGUUAUUUGAAGUUUAUUUAUAUACAAAGAAUUUGAGUAUUUUUUUUUUUUUUUUUUUCAAUGUUUCAAAUAAGAUGUUAGGUUAUUUGAACAUCAUAAAACACUUGAGCCUGCAGAGAGAGAGAUGCCUUACUGGAGGGCAUUCUAAGGGAAGCUGGCUGGCAUUCAUGUUAAAUAUGGGGUUUGGUUUAUUUGAUUAUGGCAAAGCACUUGAGAGCUAUCUGCCUAAGGGAAGGGUUGUUUUUGUGGAGAACUUUCUAUGGGAAACUGUCUCAUAUACACGUUACACAUGGGAAAAACCACAAAAUAUCCAUGCAGCCUUCCUGUUCAUGUGAUUCAAACCACAAACUGAACUACAGUGUUCAGCGACUUUACUGCUGGGCCGUUGGUGGGCUUUGUUACACAUGACGAAAAUACCGAAAUCAGUCAUGUAGCCAAUCUUGUUUGCUUGGAAUCAAACUUCCUGUGUUCAGUUGCCUUAACCGCUCAGCAACUUGUGGAGCUAUUGCCAGUAAAAAGUGAUCUAUUAAGAAGAUCUGUUGAGAGAGGUUGCAGGAGAAGGUAUAAGGAGUUCCGUCUCUCUCUGUGUAAAAAAUCCUAAUGUCCUGGUUCAAAAAUAUAUUUUUUUAUGUAGUACAUGCAUUUCAAUAUAUUUACCUAGAUCUAAGGUAUUUGAUUACAUACUAUGCAAAAUGUUCUGAUAAUGAUAAGCUGAUAACUUUAUAAAUGUGUCAAACUGGAUAAAUUUCUUGCUUUCAUAUUUAAUACUUCCAUGCCUAUGCCAGCUUCCAGACAAACAAAUGUUUGGAAAUUCUUUUGUUCCUCUAAAAUGUUGUGGAAUGCUAUCUAAUUUGAAAGUUUAUUGUGGAAUAUGUUACUAUUUGGGUAGUAUAGUUGACACUCAUUAUAAUAGCUCAUAUCCUAAAGGGGGGAAAUGUUAUAAAAGGACGUUCAUGUAACAAAAAUGAAUUCAAUGUACCUUCAUUAUUAGAUGAUUUUUAUACUAGUACUUAUAAAGAACAUUUUAUUAAAAUGAGCAGUGACUGCAUAAUAGCUAAUUUAUCAUUUCUGUAAUGAUUAGCUGAAUAUGCACAAUGUUUUUAUAAGUGCUAAAUUAAGUAAAUUUUCCGUUUUUAUCUCUUCUGCUGUGCCACUUUCAAUUAAACAAAUGUUGAUCAAAUUCAUUAUGUCAACAUAAUGUUGUGGAAUCCUAUUUUAUUUGAAAAUCACUGCAUUCCCUUUAAGUAAAAAUCAGAGAUGUUAUCUUGAAGGAGGUAUACAUAAGCUGUGAAAUAAUAAAUAAAAGCUGUGAAAAAUAUGUUAUUUCUUUCUAAAAUAAUUAAAUAAUUGUAUAGAUUCCCAACUGUAUUUCAUAAACAUAGUUACCAUACAUAUUAAGUCAUGUAUGUCAAGAGAUUUUAACAUAAGAUCAGUUGCUUGUCUUGUGUAUCCUCCAAAGUUGCAUAUGCUUUCAAGUUGAACACAUCAGGGAUGAACACUUUUGAUGCAGGGUGUACGCAGUACUCUGACAUGCACUUUUCCUUUUUUCUGAACUCUUUUGACUGUGAAUUUCACUUGAUCUUAAUUUGGUAGGACUGUAGCUUUAUAGAAAAGAAUGAUAUCUUGUUAUUGGUUUUUAGCUGCAUUUGUGGUAAUGAGGUAAAUGUAAGGUGUGAUCAUACUAUGAGUUAAAAAAUUCCACCGCAGUAAUAAAUUUAAUAUCUUUAAUGAGUAUUUUAAAGUUGCUUUAUUCUUAAGGAUAAUAGAUUAUUUUACACUAAUAUUUCAUUAUACUUUUUUUUUUUCUUAAAUUAUAUGAAUUUUGAUAAGGCUCUUCUGUGAGUAUAUAUUAUCUGUGUUUGUAUUUAGUUUGAAACAAGGUGUGAAGUUUAGGGAAACUUCUUUUGUACGCUUUUUAAAACUAGUCAUAAUAUACAUGCUUUUGUAUUGUGCUUUUGUAUGCUUUUUAAAGCUAGUCAUAAUAUUAAAAUAGCAGUUUAGCUAGUGAUUGAUUAUUGGGUGAUUACAAUUGCACAGUGACUUCAAAACGUGUGUUACUUAAUUAUUUCAAGUAUUAAUAGAUUUCAUGACAGUCCAGGUUUACUUUUUGGAUGUGCUUCAUAAAUUUAAAACAUAUCCAUAUUUAUAGCUUGCUCUGUUUGGUCAUGUACCAUAAUAAUUAUUUUCUGAUAUCCUUUAUACCUCUUUCACCCAGUGGUGUAGCUAGGGUGGGGCAAGGGGGGCAUCUGCCCCCGGACGCAGCAUCCAGGAGGCAGGCGCAAAAUUGAUGUUAUGGAAUUUUAAAAUGAAAUAUUUUCCAUUCUUGGCACACAGAAAGGGGUGGAAAUUCUUCAGUUGUUUCAACAUGAAUUAUAUUAAGCAAUUAUUUUUCUUUCAUCUAUUCAUAUUGCAAAUUUUUAUAGCCUGUUCAAUUUUUUAGCCUGUGAAACCUGUUCAAGUAUUUUAACAUUCCACUAUUUUAAACAGUUUGCCUAGCAGAAUUAAUAAUAUUAAUGCAUUUUUAUUAUCAUAUGUCCUUUUGGUUUAGGCAUACUAAGAUUCUUUCAUUAUGCAUUCUAACAUUUUGAGUAUUCAAAAUUUAUAUGUGUAUUUCUUCAUAUAUGCAUUUACAGUUUUAUUCAAUUAUGAAAAAUUCAAGAUCUGAUCUUAAGUUUACAAAACUUUCAUUUUAUAGUCUCUUGCUGUGUUACAAUUUUAGGUAUUUUUGUAUUCCAUGGCUUGAACAACUUUCUUUUAAUGAACCAGUAUUGUCUUGUCAUGUGAGAUUGUUAUGCUGGGCGUCAUUAAAAUAGAGACGUAAUGAUAUUUAUUGUUCCCCCCCCCAAAUGUAAAUCAAGGAAUGGAAAUGAAGUAUAAUGAAAAUAACAUUCCCCCCUUAAGAUAUUAAAUACAGGUACAUUGCAGAAUGAUAAUUUUUUGUUUUUUAAUUAUUCCGAUAUUCCAAAUAUUUUUAUGCAUAACCAUGUUCUUUGAUCCAUAUAAGUGUGUCUACAACUAAUGCAAUUUGCAGGUUCUUACUGUGCAUUUCAUAUUUGAGCCAUUUAAAAUGUCCAAAUUAAGGAUAAUGUAUCUUUUUGACAUUAUUCUGAAUCAACUUAUCAAGAAGAGUAUAUGAUGCCAAACUUUUCUAAUUGUUGCCUUUGGGAGCAUAAUAAUAAUACAGCAUGUGCAUAAUAGAUUUAAUUUAUGAAAUUGAGGAUUAAAACUUGAUGUGGAAACUGAAUGUUAUAUUGCUUAGAAAAUUACUUUUCCAAAUAAUGUGUUGUGUUUUGAUUAUUGUAAUUUGUAUUAAAAAAAAAUUAAUCAAGGGAAACUUAACAUCUGUAUGUUUCAUGAUGUUAAAUUUUAGGCAUUAUAGUUAGACAUAUUAGUUAUGUUUUUUUAUUUUAUAAAGUUAUGAAGUAAUGUUAUUUGAAUACUUGCAUAUUGUCUACAUGUCUUCAAACUGUACUAAGCAAAAUAUAUUUUAUUGUUGCUAGAAAUCAUUUGUGGGUUUUAAUCUGUUUUUCUAAUGCGAGUAUAGUAUGUAAAAAGGUAAUUACUAUAUUAUUUUAUCUUGAGAUUUGUUAUAAUUUUAAACGUGUGAAUGCAAUAUUUAUAAAAUCACAUUUGAAAUCUCUGACAGUGGUUUUCUGCAAAAAAUUGUGUUGCUUAAGUAAACAUUAUUGCUAUAUAUGAUCGUCUAUGAAAAAUUCCUUUUCUAAAAUGAUAAUCUCAUUCCAGAUCUGUCUAGUGUUUUAGUAUAUGAAGUAGUCUGUAUUCUUAUUUAUGUUGAACACACUUUUUUGUUAUUAAAACUCAUAAAAGCAGAUUGA